UCGGAGGCUCGCCUCGCAGCCGCAGCGGCCCCGCGAGGAGGAGGAGCCGCCGCCGCAGCAUCAAAGAGACCGAAUUCCCGCGGCCUGGGGGGGAGUCAUGCUUUGCGGUCUGUAAUGUCAGCAGAACAGGAGAAGGAUCCCAUUUCGCUGAAGAGAGUUCGAGGUGGUGAUAGUGGACUGGAUGGGUUAGGAGGACCAGGUGUACAACUAGGAAGCCCUGACAAGAAAAAACGCAAGACAAAUACACAGGGGCCUUCUUUUCCUCCAUUGUCUGAGUAUGCUCCACCACCGAAUCCAAACUCUGACCAUCUAGUGGCUGCUAAUCCAUUUGAUGACAACUAUAAUACUAUUUCCUAUAAACCACUACCUUCAUCAAAUCCAUAUCUUGGCCCUGGUUAUCCUGGCUUUGGAGGCUAUAGCACAUUCAGAAUGCCACCUCACGUACCUCCAAGAAUGUCUUCCCCAUACUGUGGUCCUUACUCACUCAGGAAUCAGCCACACCCAUUUCCUCAGAAUCCUUUGGGCAUGGGUUUUAAUCGACCUCAUGCUUUUAACUUUGGGCCACAUGAUAAUUCAAGCUUUGGAAACCCAUCCUAUAAUAAUGCACUAAGUCAGAAUGUUAAUAUGCCUAAUCAACAUUUUCGACAAAAUCCUGCUGAAAACUUCAAUCAGAUUCCUCCACAGAAUGCUAACCAAGUUUCUAACCCUGACUUGUCAUCUAACUUUGUCCCUGGAAAUAAUGCAAAUUUUACUUCUCCAUUAGAAUCUAAUCAUUCUUUUAUUCCUCCCCCAAACACUUUCAGUCAAGCAAAAGCACCACCCCAAAAACAAGACUUUAGUCAAGGAGCAACCAAAAAUACUAAUCAAAAUUCCUCUGCUCAUCCGCCUCACUUAAAUAUGGAUGACACAGUGAAUCAAAGUAAUAUCGAAUUAAAAAAUGUUAAUCGAAAUAAUGCAGUAAAUCAAGAGAAUAGCCGUUCAAGUACCACAGAAGCUACAAAUAACAGCCAUGCGAAUGGGACACAGAAUAAGCCGCGACAACCUAGAGGUGCCCCAGAUACCUGCACCACUGAAAAAAGCAAUAAAUCCUCUCUUCACCCAAGCCGUCAUGGCCAUUCUUCUUCUGACCCAGUGUAUCCUUGUGGAAUUUGUACAAAUGAAGUCAAUGAUGAUCAGGAUGCCAUCUUGUGUGAAGCCUCUUGUCAGAAAUGGUUUCAUCGGAUCUGCACUGGAAUGACUGAAACCGCUUAUGGCCUCCUAACUGCAGAGGCCUCAGCAGUAUGGGGCUGUGACACCUGUAUGGCUGACAAGGAUGUCCAGUUGAUGCGCACUCGAGAGACUUUCGGUCCACCUGCAGUGGGCAGUGAUGCUUAAUCACCGGCAUUAACUAAAGGGUCCCCUCCCCCCGUGUCUUACAGAGGUUCAGUGACACAGGGUUUUAAUGUUUUACAUUAUUUUUUUAAAUGCACACACAAAAAGUUUAUUUACCUUUUAGUUUCUGUUAAUAUUCUACUUCAUUACCAGUGCAAAUGUUAUAUUGUCCUUGUUUGCUAUCGUAAAUGAGAAUAAUGUAUAUGGGGGUGCUUUAGAAAGUACUAUACUAAUAAAUGUUAGUUGGUGUUGUUGUUGUUGUUAAUCAUAAACAUAAAAAAGCCUCUUGAAGCUUCAAAAUAAUAUAUAGCAAAUGUAGGCAAGUUUUGACUUUAGAAAGUUAGAAUCAUUGAAAAAUGUACAUUGCAGAGCUGAACUUUGUUAAUAUUACAUUAAAUGGUUCAAAAAAUUUUUCAAGGAUCUAUUGACAUGUUUUCAGGAAAAAAUAUGUGUAGCUAUAACAUGGAAGAAAGCAUACAUUUUAAUGGAUGUUUUAAAAAAAAUAAUAGAGUAUGUUACCAGAUUUCUUCCCACUAGGGUCUUUGAAGUUAGUGACUUCCUAUUUUCAAGUCAGUCUUUUCAAGCUAUCUGUUUAUACAGAUAUGAGACAGAUGUUAGCAUAUAGUAGAUGCUUAGUAAGUAUUUGUUCAUUAAGUUGUGGAUUGUACCACAUGAAAUUGCUACUAUUAGAUCAGUUGAUAAAGGACUGCAGUUAGUAGAGUUGAAGCGAAAUAUGUUUCUAGUUGUGCUGUUUAGAAUUACAAUAGUAUUAUGCUCUUCAUUCAGUUUCCUUUGAUUAUUGAGUUGUUUUGUUAUUGUUUUCCAGAGAAAUAAAUAACAGUAUCUUCGGAAGAAUUGCAAAUACUUCUUUUAACACGAUUUGAAGCCAGGACAUACUGCACAUGACAUAGGUGGAAACAUCAAGUUGGCCUUAGAAAGCUCAGCUGGUGAGACCUGCUCAGUGGUGGUUUGAAAAAUCUUGUUCUGGGGAUUUGGAUUCAAAGACAAACCUCGGGGGAGAUCAGAAUCCAUUUUGAGCAAAGACUAAUUAAGAGCCAGGGUGAAAGCUAACUUAUAAACAACAAUUUCAAGGCCUUGAAGUAGAUAGGAGUUUCUGUUGUGACUGAGGAAAGUGAAACGAUGGACUCAAGAACAUCCUCCUGGGCGAUGAUCAAGAACAGAGACAGAGGUGUACUCGCUGAGACUUAAAGCAGUGACCUGUGACCAAAAAAAUCACACA